AUCAUUUAGCUCCCCCCAAGCUCUCCCACGUUUUACAGUACUAGACGCGCACACACAACAAAAGCAAAACCUCAAAAAGCCUAAGCCGCGAAGCCAGGAAGACGAAGAACGCCACCAACGACGUCGCUCCAGCAAGCAAGGCUUUCUUUUCCCCUCCCUCUCCCUCUCGCAGGGUUUAAUUAUAAAAUGCUUGCUGGUGAUGAAGUGAUAGAAGACUAGUUCUCGACGUAGUAGUCGAAUCUUGUUUGUCUUAUCCUGAUAUUGGAAAACUAUGGCUGGAUUAUUGUUACCUGGGGAAUCUUCACAUUAUGGGAAUUCUGAGGGCGGGCCGUCCAGGAGCUCUCAAGAAAGGCCAGAGGAAGGGGAUCGUUGGUAUUUUUCAAGGAAAGAAAUAGAAGAGAAUUCCCCAUCAAGAAGAGAUAAUAUUGACUUGAAGAAAGAGACAUAUCUACGGAAAUCAUAUUGCACGUUUUUGCAGGAUCUUGGCAUGAGAUUGAAAGUGCCCCAGGUAACCAUAGCCACAGCAAUAAUAUUUUGUCACAGAUUCUUCAUUCGCCAAUCACAUGCAAAUAAUGAUAGAAGGACCGUAGCAACUGUGUGCAUGUUCCUUGCUGGGAAGGUGGAAGAGACUCCUCGUCCACUAAAGGAUGUUAUUGUAGUUUCCUAUGAGAUAAUGCACAAAAAAGAUCCCGCUGCAGCCCAGAGGAUCAAACAAAAGGAAGUAUAUGAGCAACAGAAAGAGCUUAUUUUAAUUGGGGAGAGGGUAGUACUUGCCACGUUGGGUUUUGACUUCAAUGUUCAUCACCCUUACAAACCUCUAGUUGAAGCAAUAAAGAAAUUUAAGGUUGCACAAAAUGCCCUUGCUCAAGUUGCAUGGAAUUUUGUCAAUGACGGGCUGAGGACUUCGCUCUGCCUGCAAUUUAAGCCCCAUCACAUUGCGGCAGGUGCCAUUUUCCUUGCUGCCAAGUUCCUCAAAGUGAAGCUUCCAUCGGAUGGUGAGAAGGUCUGGUGGCAAGAAUUUGAUGUCACCCCGCGCCAGUUGGAGGAGGUUAGCAAUCAAAUGUUGGAGUUAUAUGAGCAAAACAGAGUGCCCCAAUCACAGGGGAGUGAGGUAGAAGGAAGUGCUGGAGGUGGGUCAGGGCAUCGACUGCUGACUAGAACUCCAGCUGUAAGUGAGGACCAUGUUUCAAAGCAGACAUCGUCACGAGCAGCCCCUGAACCUGUGUGCCAAGAUAUCAACGUGGCACCACCAAGAAACACCCAUACUCAAAAUAAUGCAAAUGGGAGUGGAGAAACUGAGAGUGUUAUUACCGAUCACAAGGUUGAGGUAGAAACUAGAGACAAUCAGCACCAUGAGCAUGUCUCCCACAAGGAAAUCACUAGAGAGGACCCCAAUAAGGUCAGGUAUGAGGCAGAGCAAAUAGGGGAAGAAGACCAAAAAAGAACUGCAGGGAGAAAUGAGGGUGCAGAAGCUGGAGAGUGGAGGGAUGAUGCUGUAUCGCGCAAGUCCAGCAGCAUAUCUGGUAGAAAUUUAGAUCUUCGAGAAGGCCCAGUUAACCAGUCCCCUAAAGAUGCUAUUAAGAUGAUAGACAAGGACAAGGUGAAGGCAGCACUUGAGAAAAGGAAGAAAUCUCGAGGGGAGACGACACGAAAAAAGGAUAUUAUGGAUGAGGAUGAUCUUAUUGAAAGGGAACUAGAAGAUGGGGUUGAGUUGGCAGCUGAGGAUGAGAAAAUCAAACGAGAGAGAAGACAGAGCUGGUCUAAUAAUGAUCAUGCAGAAAUUGGGGAUGGAAACCACAUGAUCAUGAAAGGGCAGUCAUCACGGGGAUUGGAAGCAGAAUAUGUAGAAGAAGGGGAAAUGUUAGAUGAUGCUUCUCCCGUGCUGAAUGGCCGAAAAAGAAAAGGGAGCCCAGCAGAAAGGCAGUCUGAGGGAAAGAGGCGGCAUGAUUAUAUACCGAAUCACAACCGCGAUACCAUAGAAGAUGGACACAAGAUGGGCAAAAGUGGUUUUGUGGACAGGGAGCACAGAAGGCAUUCUCAAGAUAAUCACUUGUGAGGUAAAUGUUAAGCUCCCUUUGUAUUUUGGUUAUGUGAUCAGCAUGAUCUUGGCUGAACACUGCUUUGUAUGAGUUUGAUUUUGGAUUGCCUGUAUGGCAUAUGUCUUCAUACAUGAUAAUGAACGGGACGCUUCAAAUUUUGAAAAUGGCAGAGCCUCCCAAAAAAGAAAAAGAAAAGGAAAGGAAAGGAAAGGAAAAAGAAAGAAAUGAAAGCUGUCAUAUUUAUUCACUUAA